AUGGACGACAUCAAACAGGACCUUCCCACCUCCAUGAUCAUGGCCGCCUUCAUUGGCAUCGCCUGGUACAUUGGCAUCGAAAUCAACGCCUCCCUCUUCCUCCUCUUCAAGCGCCGUCGCGGCCUCUAUUUUUGGUCCUGCGCCCUCACCUCAUGGGGCGUGAUCCUCCAACCCGUCUUCAUCAUCCUCGCCGACUUUUCCGUAUGGAGGGAUGCCGUUCCCUCCAUCACUAUGAUCUACCUCACCUGGUUCAUCAUGGUCAUUCCCCAGAGCUGGGUCCUCUAUUCCCGUCUCCACCUACUCAUGCACACCGACGCCAUCCUCCGCAUCAUCAAGUACGUCUUGAUCUUUAACUCGAUCGUUUUUUCCAUACCCACCAUGGUCAUUGGAACUGUCGCUCAAGCUACUACCAUCAACCCCCACCUCACGUCCUUCAACCUGGUCUGGGAUCGCGUCCAGCUCGUCGUCUUUUUCGUCCAAGAAACCGCCCUCAGCAUUCUCUACAUCUUCCAAACCCGCAAGUACCUCAAGGGCCGCGCCCCCCUCCGCCAGCGCGCCUGGUCCACGCCCUCUACCGUCCAUGCUGGGGGCACUUCCUACCGCCAGACCUCCCAGGAAAGCGCCAUCCUGUGGCAGCUUAUCUGGGCCAACACCCUCAUCAUCGCCCUCGACAUCACCCUACUCGGCAUCCAGUGCGCCGACCUCUUCCACCUCCAGGGCGCCUUCAAGCCCUGCGUUUACGGCGUCAAGCUCAAGCUCGAGUUCGUCAUCCUCAACCGUCUCAUCAACACUGUCCGCCAGCCCACGAGCGACGUCUUUUACUCGGGCAGCGGCGGCCCUGGGGGUGCUUUGGGCCCGGGCAGCGGCGAUCGAAACCCCGCCGGCGCACUCGGUAGUAACGGCAGCCACGGAAGCUCCCACCUGCGCGGGAGCAGCCUCUGGCAGAAGACGGAACCUGGCGAGGACACAUCCGGCGUUCAGCUGGUCCAGAGCCCUAGCCGGACUGCCGGGCGCGACAACAGCGUAGGCAGCGAGGAUCCCAUCUAUCACCGAGCCGAGGCCGUCUGA